AACGUAUCUAAUGACGCUGUAGUUAAGAUAAUGCGACCAACGCGCAACGUGCAACCUUCUCAGGAAACUUUGCACGAAGUCAGAAGGAGGCUUCGGAGUUUGCAUAACAUGUUGCAAACGUACCAAGACACGAGUCGGUCCCCAGAAAAACAGACAUCGAUGGAUCGAAUCGAUAAGAUAGAUCCAUUUAUAACGUACCCAGUCGUGAAUAUUUCGAGCGAAUAUUUCGAUCUAGAUCGCUCGGAAGAGAGUUUAUCUUCCUUGGCCGAGUAUUCAUCGCGUACAUCGAAGACGUAUCGACGUGAUUCUAGUGAAAACGUUACAUUGCGAGAUACAUGUUCCAAUGGAUUUAGACGGACAUCAGUCAAGAACGAUCUUACAGCAUUUGCGACAACAGAAUCGCACCUGCAUUCCCGCAAGGCGAUGUUACAGACAUCAGAAAGCAAUGAAGAUGAAUGUAAAGCAAGUGCGUGCGACUUUAACAUUUUUAAUCGCAGUUAUAAUCGUGAAUCAAAUCUCCAAACCGAUAAAGACGCAAUGAAAACAGAUGCAAAUACUCUGAUUAAUAUCCAAAAUAACAUAUCUGAGGCGGUAUCGGAAAGAAUAUUUUAUAUCUUAUCACCUGAAAAUAAGGAUAUUCAAACUCAAAACGAGACAUCGUUAAAGAACAGAUUCGAUAAAUUUAGCAAUGCAUUUGACAAAGAAUACGACUGUGAGUAUCAAGAGAAUACGACAAUCUCUCAAAAUAGUAGUCAAAGUGAAAUGUCGAACAUUAGCAGGGAAGACAAAUCGACGGCAUUAUUGCUUCAAGAGGCUUUACAUUUUAAGAACGUUUUACUGACACACUCGAGAAAGAAAUACCCAACAAAUGAUAUGAAACAGAGUGAUGUCGCGGAUAAAUUUUCGCCGGGAUUAAAUAAUUUUCCUUCGAUGAUAAUAGACGUUAAGGACGAAGAGCCAAUUAUCGGUUAUUCUCAUGACAAAACCAAUCAACGCUACAUCUGUCUAGAAAUGAAACAACGACACGACUUAUUUCCACAAUCUUCGAAAAAAGCAAAUACAUUCGCGCGUAAAGACGAGCGAGACACGGAAAGUCAGAAUUGUAUUCCCGAAAUAUCCUCGGAGUAUUUUAGCAUUACCAAUCUAGCGAUGCAAAACAGUGCAGCCAAGAUUGAGAAUAAUGUUUCAUUGAAGCCUCCAGUUUAUGAAAAAGUAAUUUCGAUAGCAAUACCAAUUGAUAAAGUUAAUGUGAAAAGUUCAGAUAAAAUCAAUACAAACGAGAGUCCGAUGAAAACGAAAACUGUACUACGAAAUAUUCAGACUCGCGUAAAUUUAAGAGAAAAUGCAGCCUCCGAUAUCGAUGACAUUAUAGCCAAUAAACGUUCGCCAAGAAUACUAAAACUCGAAGAUCUCAUAUUGGAACGCGUUAAAAAUAUCAGAGAUUACAUGGACACUUUUCUUCAAAACCAAAAUACAGCAAUCUUCAAGGCACGCAGAGCGCUUCAGUGUCGAGACAAAAGCGAUGAUAUUUUUCGAUGUUCGGAUAAGGCGAGUCAUGUCGUGAUAUACAAUCGAUCGAUUGCAUCAUCCAGCCGCAACAGCACCGACAAAAUUUCUUCCAAGAAAUCAUUAGAUUUUUUAAUAGACACGUGGCCAAAUCACAUACAGAAAUAUAAGCAAGAAAUGGAUGAUGUCUUAAACUGUUCUUCCGACGUGUAUUUAAAGAGAAACCCCGGAAUAUUCGCACUUACUCCUAUUAAAAAUAAAAUCACUGACAAAAACGAUCCACAACAAUCAAAAGUAGCUACAGAAUUGGAGAGGGAAGAUCUAUCUCUUCCAAAAGCUCUAACACAUUCUUGCAAAAAUUACUCGAAAUCUACGCAUAGAAUAACGAACUUGAUCACGCCUCGUUGCGAAAAACAUCAUAUUGCAUCAAAUGUAGAAAAUGGUAAAAUAGAUAAAGGCACGACAGUUGAUGUAAAUGACGAUGCGGAUUUCCAUAAACGUAGAAGACAAGCGCAAAUCGCUGAAAGUAAGCCAUCAACAAUAUCGUAUUUUCCGCUCGAUGCAAACGCUGACGCAAAAAUUAUUCACAUAGCGCGCAAAGAAUAUUUGACAAAAUCUAAUUGCAAUUCGAUCUCCCAUAGUAAUUCAUAUUUCACCGACGAAGAAAUAAUAAGCGAUGUGAGAAUGGACGAUGUGUCUUCCGAAACUACGUCAAACGUGAAACAUUCUCAUCAAGCAAAGUCAAACGUACAGAAAGAAAUUAAACAGAAUGUUAUUAAACGACAAAUAUCCGUAGAUGAAUGUCCGGAUACAAAUGUAGCAAUGCCAAGCAAAUUAUCCUCGGAUAAUGAAUACUCUAAUUUGACGAUAAUUAUUGACUCAAAUCUUAUUCUUGAUAAAUCAGAAUGCAAUCAUUCGACGAAAGCGAAAACGGCAUCUCCUUUGACAAUGUUAAAGGAAAACAAUUUCAUCUUCGAUCCUGAAGCUUCCAUACCUCUCUCACUAGAGAAAGAAGAUAAAACAUUAAACACAAAGGGUAUUUCAGUAAAUAAUUUAAAACAAAAUGACGAAAUAUCUGUAAAUACCGUACAUUCGCCUCAAAAAAAAAGAUAUUCUAUAAAACCUUUACAGAUUUCCAAAAUUAAAGCCAAAAGCGAUAUGUCUCUAAUAACUAAUAGAAGUAAAAACUUGAAAAUCAACUUGGUUCCCAAAAAAUCACACUCAUUUUUGAUGCGCCAUAAUACCAUGGAGUUCAUUAGCGGUAUAUUACAUCAGCCUUGUGCAAAAUUGCACAAUGACAAAAACAAAUGUAUAAAAAAUAAAUUGAGGCUCACAACUCAAUCAAAAUCCGUUUUAUUACCACGGAAGAUAUCCACUAAAUCUUGCAUACCAAUCUUAAAAAAUUGUGUAGAAUCAUCUCACCGAAUGAAACAUCAAGCACAGACGAGAAGUCCUAUGAAAAGUCCGUUGACUAUGUUGUGCGGAGAAAAGACUUGUACGAAAGAUCACGAGGAAGUUGCGCGAAGUGACAAUGGCUCAAUAAACAAACAUCUGCGAGUAGAGGAAGCUGUAUCGGAUUUAAAUGAAUUAAAUAUAGAAAAGGGCAUACUCAAUAAAGAAUUAGAGAAAUCUAAUGUAGCAUGCAGAAAUAUAUCAAAGAAAAAUUCAGGAAUUACGUUUAGUGAAAAUGUUAAGUCCUUGGCAAUCGAUAAGGAACAUUCAGAUGAAAAAGACACAUAUGACAAUUAUAAAUCAGAUACAAGCCUAAUACAGCAUAUAGAAAAGAUUGCUUCUAAAGAGGUAGUUGUUAUUUCUAUUAUGGCAAAUGAUAGUCUACGGAAGAAAUACCCCGCGGAUCUGUUUAUUUUAAACUCAAAGAAUAUUAGUCCCGCGGCCGAUCUGCUGAUACAUAAAAACAAAUUAUGGACUAUUACCAUUGGAAAAACAGAAAAAGAAGUUACGGCGAAACCUUCCAUUACAGAUACAUGUACGUCAAUGCCUGACCUACAAUGAAUGAAUUGAGACGUAUAACUUGUCUUAUUUAUGUAAAUAUUUUUAAUAUUUUUAUUUAUCAGAUUCUGUUUUAUAUAAGAGUGCAUUUUUUCUAAAUAAAUCUUUUUUACCACU